UCUCACACACACACACACAUACAUAGGUCUCACAUGCUGUCUUGACUUAAGAGGUGCAAACACCCAAGCUCUUUUGCCUCAUAGUCUGUAUCCUGCCUUUGGAGGGCUUUGAGCUUCUUACCUUAGUUUUAGAAGUCACUAGUUCAGUAAAGAUCCUCUAGGUGACCCUCACCUGCAUCUACAUCAGGCUUCAGGUUUUCACCCCCAACUGAGCGCUCCUGGGCGGGUAGACGGGCUGACCCGCCAUGUUUCUGGUUCUGGUGGUAACAGAUGAACUGAGGCAGUUCCUGGUGAAGGCGAGGAGCGGGAUGGGCCGCCUCAUCCAGGUGCUGAUCCGGGACGAGCAGCUGGUGCUGGGGGCGUACAGAGAGCCGUCUCAGUCCUGGGAGGAAGAUUAUGACCACUUUCUGCUUCCUCUACUGGACCCUCUGGAGCCCUGCUACAUCCUCUACCGCCUUGACUCCCAGAAUGCACAGGGCUAUGAGUGGCUCUUCAUUUCCUGGUCACCUGACCAGUCUCCAGUCAGGCAGAAGAUGCUGUAUGCUGCCACUCGUGCCACAGUGAAGAAGGAAUUUGGAGGAGGCCAUGUCAAAGAUGAGAUCUUUGGCAAUGUGGAGGAUGACGUGUGUCUUCAGGGUUACCUGCGUCAUGUAUCCUCCAGCUCCGGCCCGGCUCCACUCACAGCUGCUGAACAGGAGCUGCAGCGAAUCAAAAUCACUGAGGGCAGGGUAAAGCAGGUGAAAACAGAGAUCAGCGUGGAAACUAAACAUCAGACUCUGCAGGGUCUGGCCUUUCCGCUACAGAUGGAGGCCAAGCGUGCUCUACAGCAGCUCACAGAGAGACGUAUUAACUACAUUCAGCUGAGGUUGGACACAGAGAAGGAGACGAUUGAGCUGGUGCACACUCGGCCCACAGAGACACGUGACAUGCCCUGCAGAAUCCCUAAAGACACGCCCCGCUACCACUUCUUCCUCUACAAACACACCCAUGAGGGAGACUACCUUGAGUCUGUGGUGUUUAUCUACUCAAUGCCAGGUUAUCUCUGCAGCGUUAAGGAGAGGAUGCUGUAUUCUACCUGUAAGAGUCGGCUGCUGGAGGAGGUGGAGCGGGAUUACCACAUAGAGGUGGUCAAAAAGUUGGAGAUAGACAGUGGUGAAGAGCUGACGGAGGAGUACUUGUACGAGGAGGUUCAUCCUAAGCAGCACGCUCACAAGCAGGCCUUCGCCAAACCCCGCGGCCCUGCAGGCAAGAGAGGAAACAAGCGUCUCAUUAGAGGAGGAGGAGAGAACGGAGAGAAUAGCUAGAAAGCGAGAACUGAACGUCCUGGACGUUCUGUCAGUGAAUCCGAGGCAUUCUGCUGAAGCCGAGCAGCCUCUUCAUUUGUGAGGAACAGGGCCAAACAGGCCGGAAUGUUGCCUCCAGUUGUUUGUAUUCUUCCUGAUUGUGAUUUUUGUGAUUUUUACUUCUUUGGCUUGUGUUUCAUUUUCAUAAGAUGUCUUGUGUUUUUGGCAAACUCAUGCACACAUCAACAAAGACAAGAGAAAACUCAGGAAUUCAUCAUGUCUCUAUAAACUGUCUGUCCACAUUUCGAGCUGCACUCAGACAUGGGGACACAAGUUAAGAAACACCUACACAUAUUCACAAUAAUCUGGGGAUGGACAAAAAAAACAGACAUUUACAACAGUCAGGUAAUCAAUCACAGUCAUGUUGUAUGAUAUUUUCUCAAUAUUUUCUGUAGAAAAAGCUUACUUUGCUGUUCAAAAGUUUGGAAUCACUGUUUUCAAUUAUAUAAAACCAAUUUAGUGGCAAGAGAAUGAAAUGAUUCUCAUAAAGUACAGUGUUAGAAGUGAAAAGCCAGCCCUAGAACACUAGAAUAGAAUACUGAAUCUCAGGUAGACAAUAUAGAAUAUGUUUUCCUUUUUUACUAAAUUUCUCCACUAUCUGGGACUUUUUCCAUUGGAUUCCCAGGUCUGGACAACUGUGGUGUUGCUAUGGUUCAAAGUCACACUCCCCUGAUGUUGAGGCAAAUGCUUCUUAGACAGUUGUGUCCCCUGAUGUCCCUUAGACCUGUUAUUGUAACAAUUAAAAAUAACUUUACUUUUAAAAAUAAAAUAAGAUAAUAAGUUUGCAUACUGUAAGACUUAUUAUAUCAUGUGCAAUUAACUCAAAAAUUCAGGUUAGCCACAAAUGAUUCGAAACUAAACAUAAAUGAAAGCACAUUGCUUUGGAAUAGCUAAAAUUAACAUUUUAACAUAAAAAAUGUCAAAUUCUUUGUUUAGGUAACAAAGAAAAUACAGCUAGACAAAUACAUUAAAGUAGUUUUUACAGUGUGUCCAACUUUGUCCAACUGUUCAACUGUUAUAGCUUUCAAAUAAUAAGCAAGAUAUGCAAGAUUAAUAAGGGCUGUUAAUUAAAUUUAAGUGUUCACAAUGAUUGACAGAGCUGUGAAAGAUUCCAAAAUUACGCAAAACGCUGUAAAAGAUUAAUAUCCAAAAUCCUUCACAGUUCAAAAGAGGAGAUCAAAUCUCAAGGCAGAUGACAAAAAUGUAAAUAAUAUAUUAUGACUUUCCUAAGAAAAACAAGUACCUCCAAAAGGGUAACUUCACAGUAGUUUACUCUAAGUUAAUGUAAAUACAUUUUAUUUCAAGCAAUUUUGGAGAAUUUGGUAACAGCGUAAAGGGCAGCGUGCUCAAACGAUGUAAAAAAAUUUACAGAAAAAUUGGAGAUACAUGUUUUUGGUGUGCACAGUGACUUGAAAUAUUGAAUUCAAUGUAUAAAGUUACUUUAAAAUCUACCUUGUUAUUGUGUCUCUAAACUAUAUUUGUAUAUAAAAUAGUGAAACGUAUCUAUCGCAAGUGAUUCCAAACUUUGUAAUGGUCAAGUCUAAGUGGUAUUUUAACUUUUAUAACAACUUAUAUAAAAAAAAAAUCUCUCUCUCUCUCUCUCUCUCUCUCUCUCUCUCUCUUUUCUCUCACGGAUGCACAUACACACACUCACAAACAGCAGCCAAAUCUCUCUUCCACGUGAACAAACUACCAUAUCAGAAGACUCUUUGUGAGCUGACCAAUUGGUUAAAGGAUGGACACAUAAACAUGUUGCACUCCUGUUGGCAGAGGCUUCUGGACUCAGCAGUGAAGGAAGCUUGUAUGAAUAAGACGUUAUAGAUAUUUGUAGGUAGAACUGCUGUUUUUAUUAUAUUUUAGAUCUGUGCUACAGGACUGACUGCAUAUUUCCUGACUCGCUUUGCCAUUUUAGCAUUAAAGUUCUAAUCAUGUGUGCACAUAAGCUUCAUUCUCUCAUGCAGACUUCAGACUUGCUCAGUGUUUUGUGUCAAACAUAUCACUUGUGCAAAUAGCUGUUAAUAAUCAGAGGAAGAAAUUCAUAAUAAAAAAUAUUUCUGUA